AUGAGCUAGAAAAAAAAUUACCUAAUAAUAGAUGUUAAAAGGGCUUUUCCUAACAUUGAUAUUUUUCAAAGUUUAAUUAUCAAGAGAAAUUUUGAGAUAGGGGAGUUGUCUAAAUGUUCUUCCCUUGACUUGAAAUUAUUUAAUUCAAAUUUUUUUCAAGAACAAAUUUUUUUUCUGAUUUUGGCUGAGGCUGCAGAACAAAAAAUACUCAUGCACAUUAUAACAAUUUAUAUCAAAAAAUAGCCCAUAAAGUAAUUUAUGAAUUGAUUAAAGGUUAAUUAUUCAUUUUAUCUUUUAGGAAUUUCAUCACAGCAAUCAAUUUUAUUCAUGAUAACAAGCUGGCAUUUACAUUUUGGAAAUUAAGAGAGGGCUAAAGUGGAGAAUUUGCUGUAUUAAGAUACUCAACAAGCAGCUCAUAUCAAUCACUGAAUUGA